AAGGAGUGGUGGUGCAAUAUUGGUUGAGAGCUUUGGGAAGUUGAUACAAGGUACCGCGGCACUUUCCCAUUCGGGAGUAUAGGCGAGCGGGCCGCUUAGCGAGUACCCUAGCGAUCCCCGCGAUCCCCGCGCCCUCUUCAUCAACGCCAUCCAUGGAUCGCCCCGCCUCAGCUGUGGCUGUCCACCCCGUCACAGUUCAUCCCACAUCGAUGAUUAAGGCGGGGACUGCCCCCUCCAUGAUGCGACCGCAUCUCCCAAGGCCCACAUGUCCACCUACGACCGGCCUGUUUGCGGCGUUUUGUCUGAGCCCAGGAUGACCUCGUCGCACACCAUGACUGAUGAACCGCAAGGCAGCAUCGAUGAGUUCUUCGACUUUGCACGAUUGGAGGCUGAUAUGAGCAAUGGAUGCCAGCUACAGCCUUUCCACAAUGGGGGCGCUUUUCAGCACGUCUAUCCUGACUGCGCACCUAUGGACUGGGAGCCUCCAGAAGCCGAGACAGACACGACUCCAGUUGCCAUUCCGUCCGAGCUUUGUCCCGAUGUUUACUGCGCAGAGGAAACAAUCGGCAAUACGUCUCUUAACAUCUCGUUAGUAGGAGGUUUUACAGGGGGCACCGACUGCUUCACACGAGAUGGUGUCUUUCAGUGCGCGCCUGAUCGAGAAUUCGAGCAACAUAUGCCAAUCACCCAGGUCCUUCAAAGCCCAACCAUUGCGCCACGAUGUCAAGUGCUCGACGAGCCGCCCUCCUCCGCGCAAAACAAAACACAGCGGAAAACCCGCCAGUCUGGGUACAUCCAAAGGAAACCGGCAUCAGCAAAGCACAAAGGACCCUCCAACCGCAUCUCUCUAGAAGCGAAACAGAUGCUUGAAGAAGAGUUCGCAGCCAACCCUUAUCCAUGCGCGUGGGAGAUCGAUAUAAUAGCCCAUCAAGUGAAUCUAGAUGCGAAGCGCGUGCGCACGUGGUUUAACAAUGCCAGGGCGAGGAAGAAACCCAAUGAUGACUCGAAGGUGAAGAGGUCCAAUGCCAGUAUACGCUCCGUUACCUCACAGCUUUCAGCCGAGAGUUUGGAGGCACUCUCAAAGCAGAUCAACGAGAACAUGAGUCCCCAGCCCCCAUUAGCUGUUUACCUUGCUUCGUCUUAUCUCGAGGAAGCGGCAGAUCUAACCGACAUCCAAGCCGCUAUUGGCGCAGCUCCAUCCAGUGAACGAAGCGAUUUCUUUAUGGAUUCAUCUUCAGGUUCGCGCGCGGGCCGAUCAGGCUCCAUCAUCACCUCCUUGACCUCCUCGGAAGGUUCCGCUCCAACCUCAUUCACGAUGUCAUCACGUGGUAGCAACACCUCUUCAUUUGGACGAGAGCGACGACGGGGUCGCAGGCGCAUGGCCUGGAGAAACUCGCCGUAUAGUCGCCCAAAGAUUGACGGACUUAAUGACGCCGGUCAGCCAUCCCGGAACCUUCCCUUCUUUUGCACUUUCUGCCCAAGGGCUUUCAAGACCAAGUACGAAUGGAUCCGACACGAAGAUUCAGUACAUGCUCUACGAACAACUUGGAUCUGCUGCAGCAACAAACAGGAGCCAAUGGAAAAAUGCCCGUUUUGUGGUAUUGCCGAUCCCGACGAAGUCCAUCUAGCGACCCAUAAGUACCAGCAAUGCAAGAACAAGCCCGAAUCGCACCGGACCUUCUAUCGACGCGACCACUUCAUUCAACACCUCCACCAUGUGCAUUUCGGAAACGUCAAGCAUCCGUCAGCAAAACUCGGAUGCGGAACCCGUGAACAAGGUUCGCAGCAACAGGACUUUGGAUGUAAGGAACUGGCACUAAAGUGGCGUCAUUUUGGUGCCCCUAUGAGACCCGGCGACCCUAUGCUCCACUGCGGAUUUUGUGGGCAGACGCUGUCAGACUGGGGGAGCCGAUGCGAACACGUUGCACAACACCUGGCUGCGGGUGGUUGGGACAGAUCAGCCUGGUGGCCUGAAAGAAAGGAGAACCACAUGGAGAACCGCUGCACAGCUCAGGAAGCUGGUCCCUUCCGUUGCAGAUAUUGCGCGAAGGUGUUCGAGAACGUUGGUGCACGCGACAAACAUACACAUUGCCGGGUGUGGUCAUGCCGCUUUCUGCGCACUUUCGACGAUGUUGCCUCGGAAAACUCCGGCCCGCCUCUCUGCCCUCAGUUCCCCUCUCCAAAAGCUCACCACUGCCACCUAUGUGGUGCUGGCUAUCGAUCUUGUCACGGCGAGCAUGCACAGCUGUAUCACAAAUACCGCCUCUGCAAGCAGGAGCUAUACACUUCGAAGGACGACUUUCUCCAGCACUUGCACGAGUUCCAUGGAGCGUCGGACCCCUUGCUCCUGUCGCACAAUCCCGUUCUGGAGCAGCACUUUUCGAGAAACAAGGGUGCUGCUUUCGAAACACUGGAAUUCGAUGAAAUUCUCCAGGGCUGCCGGGUAUCCACGCCUGCGGAGUCUUUCGUCGACCCUUGCACAGAGGAAGCUAUGUGGGCGUCUACUCUGUCCCCUGAAGAGAUUGUCGAAUGGACUCAAACAGUGCGCACUCCCAGCACUGAUGUGAGCAGUGAUCAUUGCGAAAAGGCGAAUGUUGCUCCCAGCGCUCGUCGGCGACACUCGACGAAGCAGAUUCUGAGCAAGAUAGCCUCGAGCGGUCCUAGAUUCUUCCGUCUCGAGCCAAUUCUCCCAUUCCUUUCUUCUCGCAUCUACUAUAUGCGAAAUGCGAAGACGGCCGAGAUGUUCGGCGACGGAGAGGCUCUUCUGACGGAGGUGGGUCAUGGCCAUAUAGCUUCCCUGGUCAUGAGUUCCGGUCUUGUGGGGAUGGCGGGAGUGAGAAUGCCGGUGCAGCUGAAGAAGGAUCGUGAUAAGAACCUGGUAGAGCUUUCGCUGGGCGAGUGAAGGAGUUAUGGUACUUAAGAUUUCAGUAGUUGCCGCAUGAUAUCAUGAAGUGUUGAAGCAUGCAUUAAAAUGCAACUUAGUGCAGACAACGGAUAGGCCAACGUCCCUCUAGCUGGAGAUGUGCACGCCACUUUCAUACCUACACAGAAAACGUACUCGCUU